AUGGGACCAGUUCCUCUUCUUUCCAAAUACGAAAAAUUAAGCACUUGGAAGGGAGAUUUGGCCAAGAUGACCCAUUUACAGGCUGGACUCAGUCCAGAGACUAUAGAGAAAGCUCGCCUGGAACUGAAUGAAAACCCAGAUGUUUUACAUCAGGAUAUUCAGCAAGUCAGGGACAUGAUCAUCACCAGGCCUGACAUUGGAUUUUUACGUACAGAUGAUGCCUUCAUCCUGAGAUUUCUCCGAGCCAGGAAGUUUCACCAAGCAGAUGCCUUUAGACUCCUGGCCCAGUACUUCCAGUACCGCCAGCUAAACCUGGACAUGUUCAAAAACUUCAAGGCCGAUGAUCCCGGCAUUAAGAGGGCUCUCAUCGAUGGGUUCCCUGGAGUGCUGGAAAACCGCGACCACUAUGGCAGGAAGAUCCUUCUGCUGUUUGCGGCCAAUUGGGAUCAGAGUAGGAACUCCUUCACAGACAUCCUCCGUGCCAUCCUGCUGUCGUUGGAAGUCCUUAUUGAAGAUCCGGAGCUUCAGAUAAAUGGUUUCAUUUUAAUUAUAGAUUGGAGUAAUUUUUCCUUCAAACAAGCCUCCAAACUGACACCUUCAAUCCUCAAACUGGCCAUUGAGGGGUUGCAGGACAGCUUUCCUGCCCGCUUCGGAGGAGUUCAUUUUGUCAACCAGCCCUGGUACAUUCAUGCCCUGUACACGCUCAUCAAGCCGUUUCUUAAAGACAAGACCAGGAAACGGAUUUUCCUCCAUGGAAACAAUUUAAACAGCCUUCACCAGCUAAUUCACCCUGAAUUUUUGCCCUCCGAAUUUGGAGGAACCCUCCCUCCUUAUGACAUGGGAACGUGGGCCCGGACGUUGCUCGGUCCUGACUACAGUGACGAAAAUGACUAUACUCACACUUCCUAUAAUGCAAUGCAUGUGAAACACACAUCCUCCAACCUGGAGAGAGAAUGCUCACCCAAGCCGAUGAAGAGAUCUCAGUCUGUGGUAGAAGCAGGGACCCUGAAACACGAGGAAAAGGGAGAGAAUGAGAACACUCAGCCACUCCUGGCUCUGGACUGAAUCCUGAGUCAUCCAUGCUCCUGCAGAUCGCCAGCCUUCAGUAGUACCAGCCACCCAGGAGGCACACGCGCAACUGACCCCACAGACGCAAGAACACAAGGCCCUCCACUCCUGCCACCCAGUAAUGACUGUCACCAGCCAUUGGUAUGAGCAGCCAAAGUUGAAGAGACUCGAGAGAUGCGUUUUGUUUUCACAGAGUGGAUUUGAGGAUGAAGCAAGGCAGUUAUGUAAACAUGAUUCCUCUUCCCCUAUAUUUACAGUAUUAAAUGGAUUGAAAAAAGAAAAACCAAAUUUGAUGCACACACUGCACUAGGACAAGGAUUUCUUUGAGGCAUCACACAGAGACCCCCUCUAGUUUUUGCAGUUUAAGAUUAAGUGCAUUUCCAAGUAGAUACAUCAGAAUUAAAUCAUGCAGACCCAACUGUCAAGUUUAAGGUAGUACAAAGCCCUGAGACAACAGUAUCUCCACUAAUUUCCAUUCUUAUUGAAUUAUUUUCUUUGACCUCAUCACCAGCAUUGAAUUGUUCAGUCUAAGAGCAUGUUCUUGUAGGUCUGGCUACUGGCAGAGUUUUCUUACUUUGACAUCCUGCAUAAAUGAUUUUGAUGUCACAUCUUUUGUCAGGCCACCAGCUGAUUAUCAUGAGCUGACUUUAAAAGAAGACACAUAAUUUGAAAUAUGAUUAUUUCUCUUAGCAAUGUGACUUCCCACAGGCAGUGUGUGUCUGCAGAUGGGGGGGGGGGUCCCUUUGAAGACACAUGUCAUUGAUUAAUGAAUCCAUUCAAGUUGCCUCACUUAGGUCACUACAGCAAAGAAAAGUG